AUGGCACCAAUGUCACUAUGGCACCAACGUCACUGUGGCACCAACGUCACUGUGGCACCAACGUCACUGUGGCACCAACGUCACUGUGGCACCAACGUCACUGUGGCACCAACGUCACUGGCCAACGUCACUGUGGCACCAACGUCACUAUGGCACCAACGUCACUAUGGCACCAACGUCACUGUUGCAUCAACGUCACUGUGGCACCAACAUCACUGUGGCACCAACGUCACUGUGGCACCAACGUCACUGUGGCACCAACGUCACUAUGGCACCAACGUCACUAUUGCACCAACGUCACUAUGGCACCAAUGUCACUAUGGCACCAAAGUCACUAUGGCACCAAUGUCACUAUGGCACCAAUAUCACUAUGGCACCAAAGUCACUAUGGCACCAACGUCACUAUGGCACCAAAGUCACUAUGGCACCAACGUCACUAUGGCACCAACGUCACUAUGGCACCAAAGUCACUAUGGCACCAACGUCACUAUGGCACCAACGUCACUAUGGCACCAACGUCACUAUGGCACCAACGUCAUUAUGGCACCAACGUCACUAUGGCACCAAUGUCACUAUGGCACCAAAGUCACUAUGGCACCAACGUUACUAUGGCACCAAUGUCACUAUGGCACCAAAGUCACUAUGGCACCAACGUCACUAUGGCACCAAUGUCACUAUGGCACCAAUGUCACUAUGGCACCAACGCCACUGUGCCACCAAAGUCACUAUGGCACCAACGUCACUAUGGCACCAACGUCACUAUGGCACCAACGUCACUAUGGCACCAACGUCACUAUGGCACCAAUGUCACUAUGGCACCAAUGUCACUAUGGCACCAACGCCACUGUGCCACCAAAGUCACUAUGGCACCAACGUCACUAUGGCACCAACGUCACUAUGGCACCAAAGUCACUAUGGCACCAAUGUCACUAUGGCACCAAUGUCACUAUGGCACCAACGCCACUGUGCCACCAAAGUCACUAUGGCACCAACGUUACUAUGGCACCAAUGUCACUAUGGCACCAAAGUCACUGUGGCACCAACGUCACUGUGGCACCAACGUCACUAUGGCACCAACGUCACUGUGGCACCAACGUCACUGUGGCACCAACGUCACUGUGCCACCAACGUCACUAUGGCACCAACGUCACUGUGCCACCAACGUCACUAUGGCACCAACGCCACUGUGCCACCAACGCCACUGUGCCACCAACGUCACUAUGGCACCAACGUCACUAUGGCACCAACGUCACUGUGCCACCAACGUCACUAUGGCACCAACGUCACUGUGCCACCAACGCCACUGUGCCACCAACGUCACUAUAG